UCUUCAGUGAGAGCAGAGAGAAGAGGGACGAGCCUCAGUGCAGGGAACAGUCUCUACCUCACCACAGUGUCUUUACAGGAACGCAAACAGCCGCAACAUGACUCUUGCAGCCUACAGAGAGAAGUUAAGGGAGCUCCCCCUGCUGUCUCUGUUCUGCUCCUGCGUCCGGCCCAAACCAAGGGACACCAAUUCUGACAAGACAGAAGGUGUGGUCGACCUGAACCUAUGUAACAUCCGGGACAUGGAGGUCAUCGAGCUGAGCAAGCGCUCAAGUGGACAGGCCUUCGAGGUCAUCCUCAAACCGCCCUCAUUCGACGGCGCGCCUGAGCUGAGGGCGACCACGCCGCCAAAACCCAAACCAUCGCUGGAGGAGAUCCAGAAGAAACUGGACGCUGCUCAGGAAAGGAGGAAGUGGCAGGAGGCUGAACUGCUGAAGCACCUUGCAGAACGGAGAGAGCACGAGCGGGAGGUUGCUCAGAAAGCUCAGACCAAAGAACGACAGGAGCAUCGGACUGACGCUCUGAAGGAGCAGCACACGGUGCACCUGAACGCCUCACAGAAACAACUGCAGGAGGUGUCUUGAUGGCCUGAUCACAACACAAGCUGAACUCUACUUGCAAGCCUUUUCUUGGAGGACUGAGAGACCGCGAGUUUACGAGCCGGAAAGUGGCGCUGCUGCACGCUUGACUUCGUGUCAGGGAAAGACGACGACUGAGGCCGCUCAGUUUUGUCUGUGUAACCAGGACUCUUGUCAUGGAGACAAAAAAAAAAAAAAACUGCUGAAACUUGAGGAUGCUGGAUAGUCACCCAUCAAUCAAAAGUUCACGGGGUCAUGCUUGUUGCCAUGCCAACAGUGCCAAUGUGUUUAUGUGUGACUGUGUGCCGAGGUGAGGAUUUCUUCCAGUUACCAAGAGGAGUUAAACCAAAAACGAACAACAAGGAUGGCAGAUUAUGGCCAUGUCAGGACAUGGAGUAUGUUAGAGCGCCCCCUGGCGUCCACAAUGAGUAAAAUGCUAUUUCGCAUCAGUCGCCUGUCACGCUUUGUUUUCCCCGGCAAAGCAGGAUGGGAUGUCAUUCUUCUGAUGGCUUAUUUCUGUUCACGUGCCAGUUUCUGCUGCGACAGAGUCAAGCAUGCGCAGGUGCUGUCGUCACGUUGUCGACGUCAAACAGCAGUUCUCUAUUUUAGGUUUUAUUUUUCAGAAUAACAAGGAUCAGCCACAUGAUUGGUCUAUUAAUACUGUCAAUGAUACACAACUUCUACAUUUCAAUAAUUGGUUUGUGAUAUUAAAAAACAAUUCGCACUUUAUUACAAUAAGUUUUCCAAUAUUAAGCACAAAUGCAAAUCAUUCAUAUCGCUAUUUGUUUUUAUAAUGCUAUUGUGCUCAUGUACAAAUACUGAUUUUUUUCUAACCAUAAUAAUCAUAUUUUUAUCACGUCAGAUCAUCAACUGAGACAGUGACAGAUAGCAGUGAGCACAAUAAUGUCAAUUAAAUCAUCAACAUUAUUUAAACGUUCUCGUUUCAAGCAGGUCUUGAUUUUCAGAAGCCAACAUUCAUGAUUGUUACCAGCAGAGUGCGCCAUCUAUUGGUCUCUGAAAAUAAAUCAAUGCCCGUAAGUCAGGUUUUCGUUGGAAGAAUGAUUCAAUGAAACGAGGAUGAACGUAGUUGUAAGCAACGCUGAGCGUUCUGAUCCCGCUGCUAGCGUCGUCACGCAGAUGGCAGCUCCUGCGCAUGUUACUGGUCACGUUAUGCGUCAAAUUCACCUUUUCUUGUUGUGUUCAUGUGCUGCUCGGAACUUUCCUAACAACCAAGUUGCUUUUCCAAAUUUGCUGCGCUGACAUUUUGUGUCAGUCCCAAUGUGAGAAUCAAUGUGGUGUCCCAAAAGCGCUUAUCCGCUUUGAGAGGGUUUCCCCAGUGGUGGCAGCUUUUGAGUGCAUUUCCCCCAAAAUAUUCUGACGGCACGUGAACACACUUUCACAUCUUCUCCCAAAAGCCAUGACUGACGAUGGACAAAGCGACUGUGCGCAGUGUUUACAGCAGCGUAACAACGUCCCUGUGUAAAGAAUAAUAACAGUGUACAGAAAUCACAUUCUAUUUUAAAUCAAAAGAAAUAAA